GGCUGCCAGCUUCAGCCUAGUAGGAAUAUAACAGGAGAAACAGAUCCCAUAACACGUGCUUCUCUCAAACUCUCAAUAUUGGCAAGUCUCGUAUCUUUUGAAAUUAGAAAAAAAAUUAAUUAAUUAAAAAAAGAUAUAAAAAUGCAUUUCUCUGCCUUCUCGAUCCGCCUAUGCUUAGCUACUUUGAGUUAUCGAACUUGACAAGAAUUAUUUUCAUUUUACUGAGAUAGAAAAGAGGGGGAAGGAAAAGGAGUUAGUGAAACUAAAAGGGAAAAAAAAAACAAUCGAUAUAAGGUGUUUAUAAUGGUGUGAAGUAAAGAGCAGCGAGAAUCCCAUCCAGUGUAAGUGACAGAAAGGAGACCAUGGAGACUCGCCGAUCAACGGGAUCCUUGUCCUCGCUCUCUGGAUCGGGAACCUUUACUCCACCCAUGUCCCCACGUGUGGAGAGUCCACGGGCUGCGGCAGCAGUUGGGGAGAAACGACAGGGGUCAGGGAAGGGCAUUCAAAUGCAGAUUCAGCAGCUUGCAAAUGAGCAAGAAAGAGUUCAGAAGAAAACCUUCACCAAUUGGAUGAAUACAUACCUUAAGCAGAAAAACAUGAAAGUGGAGAAUUUAUUUGAGGAUAUAAAAGAUGGAGUGUAUCUCCUGUCUCUGCUGGAGGCCCUGUCUGGUGAAAAACUGCAAAUGGAGCGAGGAAAACUGAAACGUGUCCAUCACGUCAGCAAUAUAUCUACAGCUCUCAAGUUUCUGGAAAUGAAAAAGAUCAAACUGGUGAAUAUCAAUGUUUCGGAUAUUGCUGAUGGAAAGCCAUCCAUUGUUCUGGGCUUGAUUUGGACGAUUAUUCUGUACUUUCAAAUUGAAGACACAUUUGCUCAACAAGACCACGAUCCAGACAAACCCUUGUCAGCAUUGGAAAAAUUCCGUAUGAACGCCAAGAAGGCACUUCUAGCCUGGACAGGAAAUGCAAUCACAAAGAAAUAUGGAAUACAAAUCAAAGACUUCGGUAAAAGCUGGCGGGAUGGCUUAGCUUUUAAUGCCAUUGUUCACACCAUCCGCCCGGAUUUGAUAGACUUUGAGAAUGUAAGGAAUCAGACAGCUCGAGUCAACCUUGAGCAAGCCUUUUCCACUGCGGAGGAUCAUCUUGGCAUUCCACGGCUGCUGGAUCCGGAGGAUGUAGAUGUUGAAAAGCCUGAUGAGAAAUCGGUGAUGACAUAUGUUGCUCAGUUCCUGAAAGCUUAUCCUGAGGCUGGGGAGGACCCUGCAUUGGGAAGGCGAAGUAAGGACCCGGCUACACAGGAGAUGAACGACUAUACAGAUCUGAUGACUUGGUUAGGCACCGAGGCUGAAGAAGUUUUACAAAUCGUAGAUCAGCCAGUGACUGACCGCCAGCAGGAAUACAUGGACUACUUGGCAUUUAAAGCUGAACUUGACAGAAGAGAAGCUGUAUAUAAGAAACUAGCAGAGAAAUGUCUGGCUAAAAAAGCAGUAAAAAUCACAGAACCUAUGUGGAUUGAACUGAACACAAAAUGGUGCAAUGUUGCCAGGCGGACUAGAAUGUGGCUGUGGAAAUUAGAUGCCAGUCUUCCAGGAAAGCUUGGAAAGUUUGGGGACUGGUUAAAUCAAGGAGAGGAAGUCUUAGAACAGCAGCCAGAAAAUGCCAAGGACAGACUGGAUCUGGCACAGGAGCUAGCCAAACUGCUACAGGAAUCAGUUGAAUAUUUUAAAGAUGCAGACUCUUGGAAAACAUUCUUUUAUCAAGUGAAGAAAGCUGGUAAAUAUGAAGGAGAAUUCCUAAUUCAGCCCCAGAUGGAUAAUUUAGCAAAUCGUCUUACAGCACUGAUGAAAGAAUUUCCUCGCCGUGAAAAGCGUUUAGAGUUUGAGGAGUAUCAACAGAGGGUUUUGGCCCUGCGAGAGUCUGCAGAGGCUAAACUAGUAAUGUGGACGGACAAAUUGGGACAACAGGAGGAAGUGGAACAGCUAAUGGAAGACUACCAAGAUUUCGUCAGUACUCAGCAGUUGCUCAACACCUACAGUAAACUGUCCACAGAACUGAGCAAAAAGGCAGAGGUGUGGAGAAAAUCAGCAGGAAAAGAAGGAGAGCAAGAAGUAAAGAAAUUUGUUGAGGAGGAAAAUGCUCAGUGGAAAAAUGUGUCUGAAGAGAUUAGAAAUGUGCCAUCAAAAUUAGAAAGUGCUUUAGAAAACUGGAAACAAUAUAGCAGUGGUAUUGAAUCAUUGACUGCCUUUAUAAAUGAAGGAGAGUCUGUAAUGUCACGAUCCAAUGAAGAAAAACAGCAGCAUUUCAGUGAGAUUCAAGAAUAUCAAGACAAACUCCAGCAGAUCAAAGACUCGGGAAAAUAUCUCAUGGAAGUUUGUCGUGAACCAGUGGCAGAGGAAAUUCGUGAGACUCUGGCAGUCCUAGAUACAGAAUUCAAAACUGUCACAGAGAGUUUUGAGGAAUUCAAAAAGGUAGAAAUUAUUGGAAGAGGAAGACAAGAAUAUUCAGAAGGAGUAAACAGAAUCUCUGAGUGGCUGAAGAAUGCAGAAGAGCUGAUGAUUCAGCCAGUUCCCUGUAUUCACUCAAACCUUAAAGACCAUUUACAGGACAUGACUAUGUGCAGUGAUCAGAUACCAAAGAUGGAAAAUGACUUCAAAACAACAACCAAAACAGCACAGUCUCUAGUCAAAGACAGCAGUCAAGAUCUCGUCAAUGAUAUGCUGCAGACUCUAAAUGUUCAGAAAGAAGUCAUAGUGAGGAUGAGAAAAGAAAUCCCUGAGCGUAUUAAAUACCUCAAAGCAGUGCUUCCUAAUGUUGAGUCUCUGGAAACAGGCAUCUCUGAUCUCAAUAUUUGGUUGGAUAAAGGAGAAAACAUUCUUAGUACCAACAAAAUGGAGGGCUCUCAGAAAGGAGCAGAAGCGAUGCUAGAAAAGCAUAAGGCAUUUUUUCAAGAAACUACUUACCAAAAAUCCAUCAUUGAAAGUAAAAACAAGGUUUAUCAAAAAGUGACCAGUACAAAGCCCAAACUGAAGAAUGUAGAUUUCAGUCCAGUGGAUGAUCCCAUGUCUGCAACCAAUCAAAGAUUUCAAGAGUGUAUAGCAUGUGCUAAAGACUGGGAAAAAAGGCUGGAGAACAUCUCUCGGUUGUGGAGAGUGUAUCAGCAGAAAGAGGCAGCUGUGGACAACUGGUUACAACAGGCCAGAGUGGUGCUGGAUGACCAGGCAGAUGAUCCAGAAACAUGCAUACGCAAACACAAAACAUUUUUUGGAAAACUGGACCAUAAAAUAAUGAAUGAAUAUUUGAAGGCAGGCCAAGACAUAGUAGCUGAACUGGAGAGAUCCGACCAAGUGGAAAUUCAGGAGAGCAUGUCUGAUUUAGAAGCUAGGUGGAAGAUGAUACUUGCAGAAGCCCCUGCGUGUCUGCUAAGGUUGGAGUUCCUCCUGCCAGAGGAAAAAUACGUGUCAAGUGUAGAUGAGGCUGAGAAGACAUUACAGCAAGAGAAGGAGCAACUGAGACGAAAUGAAAAUGUGAAAGCUACACUUCAAAAGCACAAACAAAUAUUCAAUGAAGGCCAAUUUCGACCUACUUGUGUCAAAUGCCUUGAGACUAUGCAGAAACUGGCAUUGGAUUUAAACCAGCUCGAUCCAAAGGACCACAGUUUACAGGAUCGGUAUGAGGACCACAAGAGUCGGUGGGACAAGCUUGUAUCCAUCAUGGACAGUAUCUGUGUGGAACUGAAGCAGCUCCCAGAACGAUGGAAAGACUACAAUCAAAAACUUGAUGACUUUUCUACCAGUGUUGCCACUCUUCAGGAUUUGAUGACGGAGCUGCAAAAGGAAGAUUUAUCUAAUGAAGAAUAUAAAGAUCUACAGGCUAAAUAUCAAAGGGCUUUAAGGAACAUGGGUAAACUAUCGGAUGAUGCCAGGUGGUUACAAGAUAACUUGAAGGAAUUGCUUCAAGAUGGUCCACCUUCUGACAGAAAGAGAGAGGAGAAACGUUUGGAAGAUCUUUUGGCCAAAUUUUCUGGAUUACAGCCAAAUCUGAAUAAAGUAUCGGACAAAUCUGCAGUGUUCUCCAAAGCCUAUGACUACAGAGAUGCUCUGGAAAAGCAUACUAACUGGUUGGAAGAGACCCAGCGGCUGGUGAGCGAUGACCACGGCAUAGAUGGUCUGGAGGAUGCUAGAGCUUACCUACAGGAACAUGAGAAUAUCAUGAGGAAGCUUGAGUCGGAGAAGCACAACAUCCAAGCAGACAUAGAUGCAGGCAGACGGCUUCAGAAAGAAAAGAAUGCACCAACAUUUGUAGCUCAACAGGUGGAAGAUUUGGACAGGAAAUGGAGGGACACUAAUGAAAAAGCUAAAGCUAAACAUGAAAAGCUAAAGCAAAAAGUGAAGGAAUGGGAAGAAUAUGAAACUGAGAAACAGAAGCUGUUGCAGUACCUAAAGGAAGCUGAAAAAGAGCUGGAGAAGCCACCAGCUACCACAGGACAAGAUCUAGCUGAAAAGGACUUCAAAUCAAAAAAGGAGUUGCAGAAGACCAUGAACAAGUUGAAGGGCAGUUUAUCAGAUAUGCAAAGGCUAAAUGAAGCCCUGUGCAGUGGUGCCAGCCGUGAGAGGAGAGGCCCUCUCAAAGGAGAGAUGACUGACAUGGAUAAACGACUCGAAAAUGUUUCAGUCAGACUUAAUGCCAAACUUAAUGACCUAGAAGCCACUAUUGCUAAAUGGACAGAAUAUUACAAGCGGCUGAAUCAUUUCUGUGAUUGGUUGAAUGAAAAAGAGGCUAAAUUAAAUAAUGUGUAUGAAAACAAAUCUGAUUCUCCAGAGCAACAGCUUGAAAAAGCAAAGGCAAUAGCUGGAGAAGUUGCAGAGAAUCAUGUGACUCUCGAGACUCUAGAAAAAGAUGCCAGGGGAAUGUCACAAAAUUUCCGCUCAAGAGAAACUUCAGCAUUAAAGACCAAGUUAUCGAGUGUCCGGAGACAAUGGGAAAGCUUGUGUUCCCGAGCAAAAGAUCACAGUUCUGCACUAACUGGAAGUGUAGCUCAUUGGCAGAUGUACCAGAAUCUUAGCCAGCAGCUGAUGCCGUGGAUUGAAAAAGCUGAAAAGUACUGUGCCACUGAAUUCCCAAAGUGUUCCUCAGUUGAGGAAGCAAAAGACAUACAUGAAUUGCACCAGGCUUUCCUUCAUGAAUGUGAAGAACAAUUCCCAGUGUUUGAAAAGUUGAACACAGAAGCAGGCUACUUGAUGGAACAACCAAACAUGCAGCGAGACAUAGAAUCCCUCCAGAAAUGCUGGAAUAACAUCAUCAGCAGUUCAGAAGACAGAAGUCACAAAGCAGACAAGAUGUAUGGAGCAUGGUCUGCGUUCGAUCAAGAAAUCAACAAUUUUGAUGAAAUUUUGGAGAAAUUUCAGAACAAACUUUCUGAGGAGCCAAAUGUUACAUCAACAGAUGUUCAAGUUCUAGAACAUGAGCUUGCACUCUGCAAGAAUUUGCAAGAGGAAAUCAAAGGUCAGCAACCCCAUUUAAAUGCUCUUCAAAGACAAUAUGAACAAGUGGCACAGCACGCAUCACCAGAAGGUGUCAAAGCACUCAAGUCAAAGGUGGAUGCUGUCAAGGCAGCAUAUGCUGACAUAACAGAAAAUGCUGCAGAAAGGCAAGCAGUGCUGACAAAUGCUGUAAAGCAUCGUCAGCAAUUCUAUGGUCAACUCCAGGACUUUGAAAAAUGGCUGAAAAAAUCACAACGCAAACUUGAUAAUGCCAAUGAAAUAUAUGCUGAUGAGGUUCCUGACAUGCAAUCAAAGUUAAAGGCUCUUAAAGAGGACAGUGAGGCUCAUGAGCCAAUGUUCAGUCAGCUGACACAGGAAUUUAAAGAUCUGAUUCAAAAUUGUCCAGAAGAAGAAGCUGCUAUUUUGAGAGAUCGUUAUGAUCAUGUGAUGGCAAACUACAGCAGAUUGGAUGACUUAAUGAAAAACAGAGAGGAGAUCUGUGAAAAUUGGUCAAAAUAUGCAGGUGAUCACAAAGAUACACAGACUAAGUUAAAGAUGUUGCAAGCCAAACUUGCUUCUCCUGAUAUUCAGCAGGAAGAAGUGGAGAAAAUAAACAAAGAAGUUGCAGAUCUUAGAAAAGCCAUGUUACCAUGGAGCAAGCAGGCUAACAAGUUGGAUGAUCAGAUGGGUGCUGCUCAUAUAGUCAUUAAGGAUAGAGCCACUUUAAGAACUCUGCACUUCAAUACUGAGCUACAGAGUCUGGAGGCCAUGUGUGACAAUGUCUGUGCUAGCGUGGCAACAAAGCAAGGACAUCUGUCAGAACUGUCGCAGUUGUGGGAGGAUUUUGCCAACAGAAAAGACAGUCUUCUUGCUGUGCUUCAGGAGCUUGCUGAGAGAACAAGUGGAGCGGCAGUGAAAACAUCCAGUCUUCAAGGCUUAAAGGAACUCGUGAGAGAGGCUGAGGAUGCUAGAGAUGAUCUGUACAGCCACAGUCAGGAAUAUGAACAGCUUCGGGAACUUGGCCGUCAGAUUAUGCAGUCAGAUGUUGCCAAAGGACCCACUGUUCAAGGCCAUUUGUCAGAAAUCAACAAGGCGUGGGAGUGUCUGACUACUUUAUUGGGAGAAAAACAUCACCAGUACAGCAGCACUUCGAGUCUCUGGCAGCAGUAUGUUGAUGCUAAGCAGAAUGUGGGGAAAGUCCUAGAAGGUGUAGCUCCAUCAGUCAAACAAGACAUAGCCUGUAAAUCUCAAGCAGAGGUUAAGAAAGCCCUUGACCAACACAAGAAUGCUGAAUUUGAAUUACAUGCCAACCAGUCACAGCUGGAUCAAAUGAAUACUCGAGGUCUACAGCUGUUGGAGGAAUUAAAAAGUGUGCCAAAUUUUGAUGUCUCGGUAUUGGAACAAGAUCUGGAUGCCAUCAAUCACAACUGGGAAUCGUCUAGUAAGCUUGUUGAACAACACAAAGAGAACCUGGAGGCCCAAUUAAUUUGCUGGGAUCAGAUACAGUCUGGGAAAGAGGAGGUGGAAUCAUGGCUUAAUACCAUGGAAACUAGACUUGAUGACAGUCUCAACAACUUUGACGAUGCUAUAAGUGUGGAAUCCUGUCUCAUGAAAUUCAAAGAUGAGUCUCCAUACUAUGGGGAUGUUUUGAAUGAGGUUCAGCAGAAAAUGCAAGAUUUACAAGAGCUUAACAACAAUAAAGCUAUUCCCGCACUGACUGAAUCGCAAGAAACUUUACGGGAACAGUUUGACCGAGCAGGAAGUUUGGCCAGUCAGUUGGAAAGCGUUAUUGCCAACUUCACCGAUGAGAGGGAAGGUCUUUUGAAAGUGAUAGAGCAGGAGACGGAAUGGCUGAACCAGAUGAAAGACAAGCUAGGAAAUUGUGAUGAUGUUUCUGGAACAGAUGCAGAUGUUGUCAAAAGACUUACUCGUUGUAAAGAAAUACAGAAAGAACUGGUGGCCAGAGAUAAAAAUUUCAAAGCCCUGACAGACAAAACAAAAGCCCUGCAAGAGAAAUACCCAUCUGCUGAAACCCAAAGUCUGGCAAAGGAUGCUGUGGUUUUAAUGAAGAAAUACGAAGCUGUGCAAAAUCGAGGAGACAAGAUUGCUGACCUUCUUGAGGCUUCAUUAGAGCAACACUGCCAGGAUUCACAGGUCCAGGAGCAACGCUGGAUCAGUGCUGCAAAAGAAAAAGUGGCUUGGUGUGGGGAUACUGCCGGUGAUCGGUACAGCAUGGAAGCCAAGCUGGCCACAAUUAAAGAUUUAAUGCAAAGUGUUAACGAGGGAAAAAAGAAGAAAGACUUGGCAGCAGCUAAAGUAAAUCUGGCCAGACCAGUUCUCCCAAAGGACAAGCAAGCAGAACUUGAGAAACAACAGAAGGCUGCAGAAAGAGACUGGUCAGAGCUGAUGGAUCUGAUAGAGAAGACACAAGUGAAAUUGGAAGGUUCAGUUGAUCAACUGUCAGCAUAUGAUAGCAAGUAUGAGAAACUCACCAAAUGGCUGAAAGACAUGGAGGCUAAGGUUAGGAAUGAAGCGACACUUAAACCGGAUCUGACAAGUAAAAUGGAUCAGUCGGAACUCUUCACAGAAAUACUCAUGGAUGUAGAAAAUCAAAAACCAGAAUUUGACCAUAUAAGAGAAGAGGCCCUGAGCAUUUCAAAAACGAGUGGUGAUGGUAGAGCAGCUACAUAUGCUACACAGCUGUGCAAUCGCUACCAAACCCUAGCAGCCACUGUAAAGGAGCAAGUGGAGCGUUGUGAUCAGAACGUGGAUGACCAUGAGGUUUAUCAGCACAAGACAAAGGCAUGUGAGGAGUGGCUUAAAUUUGCUCACCAACAGCUAGAGGAGUCUAAAGACCGACCUGCUGACCAGGAGACUCUGCAGUUCAAACUGGAAGCUGUGACGGACUUGAUGGAGAGGAAAGAGGAAGGACUUGGGAUUUUCAAUGCGGCUCUUGAGUCAGGAGAGAAACUUUUCCCUAACACAUCUAAUGAUGGCCGAGAGACAAUACGUCGCGAGCUUCGAUCUCUGAGGGAGAAUUGGGAACUGUUUACUGACAGUCUUAAUGACACACAGAGGAGUCUGGAGAGCAGUAGGAUGCAGUGGUCAACAUUUGAUGAGAACUAUGAUCAGCUGCUAAAAUGGGUCACUGAUAUGAGUUGUCAGAUAGAGCAUGAUAGUGAACUACGCAAUACACUUCAGGAAAAGAAAGCCAUGCUGCAACACUAUAGGACUAGAUGCCAAGACAUUAUGUCUCAUCAAACAAUGAUUGACAGUGUCAGUGACAAAGGAACAGCUUUAUCUUCUGCUCAAGUGAAGGGUAAACUGAAGGAACUCGCCAACAGCUACCGAUCUCUGUGUCAGGCUGCCCAGGCUCAGGUCAAAACUGCAGAGCAGCAAGUACACCAGCAACAGAGCUAUGCAGACAACUAUCAGCAGUGUCGGGACUGGAUAGCUAAUGCAAAGGACAGACUCGCUGUUUGUAAUGAAGUCAGUGGAGACAAACAAGCACUGCAAAACCGACUGGAUCGAGUGCAGGAUUUGAGCUCAUCAUUAAAAGAGGGUGAAAAGAAAAUGCAAGUCACUUACAGCCAAGCAGAGAAAACUAUGCAAGAGACUGGAUCAAUUGGACAGGAUCAAAUAAGAUUGGAUUUGGAAAACCUCACCCAGGACUUUGAGGGUCUUGUUUCAAAGAUAGGGGAUUCUCAGACAUCUUUGACACAUGCAAUAGAAGCAUUGCAAGCGUAUGAUAAGUCCUGUGAUGGACUCAGCAAAUGGUUGAGAAAUGUAGAAAUUCAGAUCAAAGAGCAAGAGCUGAAGUCCACAUGCCAAGAAAAGCAAGUUCAAGUAACCAAAUUUAAGCAUCUACAAGAGGAAGUACAUGGCAAGCAGGACGAGUUUGACGACCUUCAUAGAAUGGCGUCACAGAUACACGGGGCAGAUACACGAUUGGUCAGUUUAUCUACGCAGCUGAACACCCGAUACCAGACAGCAAAAACUUCUCUAAGGGAUUUGAUUCACAAGCUGCAAGAUAAUGUUCACGAACAUGAGACCUACAAUGAAAACUUCUCUGAGUGUGCAGAGUGGGUUAACACGUUAGCCAGACGUUUGCAAGUGUGUGCAGAUGUGGCUGGAGACAAACAUGAUGUGGAGGAUAGAUUGGCCAAACUGCAGGAACUCUUGAUUGAAAAAGAACAAGGCUCCUCAAAAAUUCACUACACUGUGGAAAGUGGUGAAAAAUUGUAUCCCACCACGGCUUCAGAAGGACGUGACAUCAUAAGACAGGAACUGCGGACUUUACGGGAGCAAUGGGAACAGGUGUGUGACCUCCUGUCAGACACCCAGCGUAAACUGGACUCCUGUCUGCUGCAGUGGUCCUCUUAUGAUGAAAACUUCGAACAGUUCCAGAAAUGGCUACUGGACACUGAAAUACAACUCAAGGAGGAUACAGACUUAAAAUCAACACUGCCAGAUAAAAAGGCUCAACUGCAAAAUCACAGGAUUUUACACCAAGACAUUAUGUCCAGAAAGCAUGUAAUGGAUAAUCUAUCGGACAAGGCUAAAAACUUGAGUCGCUCGACUCCAACUGCCAGGGUAAAUAAAUUUGUUGAUAACCUUCAAAGUACGUACAGCAAGUUGUGCAGUACAUCACAGCAGAUGCUCGGCAAAUUCGAGGAGGCUGUAAAAGACCACCAGCAGUACCAGGAUGUGUACCAGGACUGUCAGGAUUGGUUGAACUCAGCAAGAGAGAAAGUGGAGGCAUGCUCAGACACAUCAGGAGACAAACUAUCAUUGCAGAACAAGCUGGAGAGACUCAAGGAAUGUCAAGAGAAAAUACCUGAUGGAGAGAAAAAGUUGAAGAAAACUAGGGAACUGGCAAACAAAACAGCCACCUACUCCUCACAAAGUGGUUGUGAAGUAUUAAAGAGAGAAUGUGACCAUUUGGAGUCGGACUGGGAGGACUAUUUAGCACGUAUUUCACAGGCUGAGGAGGAUGUUACAACUGCGCUUGUAACAUGGGGUGACUUUGAGACAAAGUUUGCAGCAUGCUCUACUUGGCUAAAAGAUAUGGAGGAGCAAGUGAAAAACUAUGAACUCAAAAACACAUUACAGGAAAAACAGAACCAAAUAGAAAAAUUCAAGAAACAAAGGGAGGAAAUUUUAUCACAUCAGCCAGAGAUUGACAGAUUUACAGAUGAUGCUCAAAACUUGAUGCAUACGAGCUCAGAUGCUCGUUUAAGCACACAAGUUUCUCAUCUAACUAAUCGCUACAGAGGACUACUUUCUUUGAUUAAGGACCUUAUCGGAAAAUGGGAAAAAUACUCCCAAGACCACCAUACCUUUGAUAAAAGAUUGGAGGAAUUCAAUCACUGGCUUUCCAAUGCAGAGGUGAAGUUAGAAUGUUGUCAGGAACAAGCUACAAAUCAAGAAACACUGGAGGAACAACGAACCUUGAUUCAACAAAUGAUGUCUGAAAAGGAACAUGGUCUGCAGAAAUUAAACACUGCGGUGGAAGCUGGAGAGAAGUUGUACACAGACACCGCUGCAGGUGGACGCGAAAAAGUACGACAAAGUCUGAGGCAGGCCAAGGAGGACUGGGACCGCCUGAACAGUAACCUCCACGAUGCUCAGCGUAAAGUGGACUCAUUUUUAAUGCAGUGGUCUUCAUACUCAGAUGGCCAGGAUCAACUGAUGAAGUGGAUGAGUGAUGCAGAAAAUCUACUUCAUUCAGAUGUUGACCUUAAAAAUACCCUGCAGGAGAAGCGCAUGCAGUUGCAGAAUUUCAGGUCUUUGUUACAAGACAUUUCAUCUCAUCAAAGACUGGUAGACUCCGUGGUAGAGAAAGCUCAGGGUGUCUUACAGACCACAAACAACCCAGAUGUUGCUGUUUUCAUCAAAGAUGUUAAUUCCAGAUAUGAGCAUAUUGCUAAAACAGCCAAGGAGCAAAUCAGACAAUGUGAUCAGAAUGUACAGGACCACCAACAAUAUCAUGAUGCCUACCAGGCAUUGAUAGACUGGCUGACCUUGAUGAAGGACAGACUAAGCAUGUGUGCUGACACCUCGGGUGACUGUCACACACUUCACAACAAACUAGACAGAGUCCAGGAACUUCUUGCUUUGCUACCAGAGGGAUUGGCAAAAAUGAAAACCUGUGAAAAUUCUGGCACAAGAUCAAAGGACACUACUGCUCUCCAAGGCCGUCAAAACAUGCAGCAGGAAAUGGACAUGUUAAAGUCAGACUGGGAAAUGUAUGCUAGUAGUGUCCGAUCUCUGAAAGAGAACCUGGAGAGGGCCAUUCGACAGUGGGGAAAGUAUGACGAUCAUCAUGAAAAAAUUUCUGCUUGGAUCAGAGACAUGGAUAAAAAGGUCAAGGACUUUCCAUUGAAGUCAACUCUUGAAGAAAAACAACAGCAGUACAGUCGAUAUCAGGAGCUUGCAGUGGAAAUUCAUGGAUUCCAGCACAACAUGGAUGCUUUUGAGCAUAUGAAGGAUAUCAUGUCUGACCUUAAGAGUCACCAACGAGAUGUGGAUAAAUGUAGUGACGAAGCUCAGACGUUACAGCAGAUGACGGGAGAAUCUCGAAUAGCCACGUCUAUAUCUCAGCUUCAGUCUCGAUAUCAGACAAUUCAACAAUCUGUAAAGGACAUACUUAAAAAGUGUGACCAGAAUGUGGCUGAUCACCGUCAUUACGUAGAGAGACAGUCAGACUGUGCGCAAUGGUUGAUCAGAGCCAAAGAAAUGUUUGAUGCUAAUGCAGACACGACUGGAACCAGAGCUGAGCUGGAAGAUAAACUGGACAAAAUACAGGAACAUGUUCAUGACUAUGAGCAAUUUGUGGCAGAUCAUCAGCAAUACAAUGAUGCGUACAACAAUUGCAUAGAAUGGCUCAAUAACAUUCGGGAGAAGCUGUCUGUAUGUGCUGAUGUAUCCGGAGACAGACACACUAUUCAAAGCCGACUGGAUAAAAUACAGACAUAUUAUAUUGGAUUGUUAAAAAGUGAUAUUGUUGCAACAAAAAUGGAAGGAGAACCCAAAGUAAGAAAUGUUCUAGAACUGGCCAGUAAAGUUAUCCCAAACACUGCACCACAAGGCAAGGAGAUAGUCAUGAGGGAGACUGAUGCUCUUCAUCAGGAUUGGGAAGCUUUUGUCAAUGCCCUCCAAAAGACAAAAGCUGAUCUUGAGAACUGUAUGGAUCAAUGGAAGGAGUUCGAAACCUGGCAGGACAAAGUGUCAGCUUGGCUGAAAGACUUGGAUGCCCGUAUAAGGGAAACUGAAUUGAAAGCUACACUGAGGGAGAAACAGGCCCAACUGGACAGACUCAAACAUCUGCACAGGGAUCUGAUUGAUCACCAGGGUGAUAUAGAUAGCUUAAGUGACACUGCCCAAGAUCUUGUCCGUGUUAGCACUGAUACCCGUGUCAUCAGUCAAGCCUCACAGCUGGGGACCAAGUAUCAAGCCAUCUACACCAAUGUCAAGGAGUUGUGCAGAAGAUGGGAUCAGUAUGUGCUGGAUCAUCAAGCUUACAACUCGUCGUUUGAUCAGUGCAAGAGUUGGUUAAGUGAGAUGAGAAAGAAAAUGCACCAGUUGUCUGAUACAAGUGGAGACAGGAGAGUGAUACAAGACAGACUAUCGCUAGUCCAGGAACUUGUGUCUGACAAAGAGGAAGGGUUACAUAUGCUUCAGAUAUCUUUGGACAACCUACAAAUUGUGUUACCCAAUACAUCGGUAGCAGGAAGGGACACCAUGAGACGUGAGAUGCAGAUCUUGCAGUCUGAGUAUGAUAGUCUGUCUGCUGACAUCAACGACCUAAAGAGUAAACUAGACUCAACUCUCACCCAGUGGACCGUCUAUGAUGACAGCAUAGAACAGCUCAGUCGGUGGCUGAGAGACCUAGAGGAUCAGUUGAAGGCAGAGAGCCAUCUUCAGAACACUUUACAGGAGAAAAAGUUGCAGUUGGAGAGGGUGAAGGUGCAGCAGUUGAAUAUUGCUAGUCAGCAGAGCACCAUAGAUAACCUAAAUGACAAAGCAGAAAAUUUGAAAGCUACCAGCAAGGACCUGAAUUUGGGGAAUCAAAUCAAACAGCUGGUCCUCAGAUUUGAAAAACUACUAGAAAAUGUCAAGAAACUAAUGAACAGAUGUGAGGAAAAUGUCAAAGAUCAUCAGGUUUACCGCGACACAUUCAUGGAUGCUAGUGACUGGCUGAGCUCUAUGGUGGACCGCCUCAAUGCUUGCAGUGAUGUCAGAGGAGACCGUUCUGUGGUGGAAGCCCAACUUCACAAACUUCAGGACAUAUUUGCAAACAUGGAUGCUGGGAAGGAGAGACUUGAACUUACUGUGGCAAAGAGUGACUUGGUAUUACCUGAGACCUCACAACAAGGUCAAGAUUUGAUUCGAGAGGAACUCAGUAUGCUUACAACAGAAUAUGAUGGAUUUACACAAGACUGUGAUGAGUUACAGGAUACUCUAGAGAAAUUACUUGGAGAAUGGCUUCGAUACGAAGAUGAGUAUGAUGAACUCAUUCAGUGGAUAAAGAGCACUGAAACCAGUAUGAAGGCGGAGUCAGAGUUGAAGGCAUCCCUGGAAGAGAAAAAUAUUCAAUUUGAGAAACAAAUUGCUAUACAGAAGGAGAUCAUGGGUAAACAGGAAGCAUUCGAUUCUCUUGCGGAGCAGACCCAGACUCUGCUCCAGUCCACAACAGAUAACAGAGUCACCUCACAGCUCACACAACUCAGCUCUCGAUACGCCAGCUUAAUAGCCUCUUCAAAGGACUUGAUGAAGCGUUAUGAACAGCAUGCACUGGAUCACCAACAGUAUGCAGAAGCAUACAGUGAUGCUGCAAGAUGGCUUCAAACUAACAAAGAGCAUCUGUCUGUCUGUGCAGACACCACUGGAGACAGACACAAAAUACAGACACAAUUGGAGAAACUACAGGAGUUUGUUGUUAUAAAAGAAGAAGGACAGCUCCAAAUUCAUACUGCCAAUACUUGGGGAGAAAAGACUAUGAGCAAUACCUCAAUGGAAGGUCGAGAAAUGAUCAGGAAAGAGUUGCAACAAUUACAACAAGAAUGGGAUACCAUGAUUUCAGAAGUAAUGGACACCAAAGUCAUGUUAGAAUCCUGUCUGCUACAGUGGUCCGACUACAGUCACAGUUACGAGAAAAUUCAGAAGUGGCUGAGAGACAUGGAGAAGAGGCUACGAGAAACUGAACCUAAGGCUGAUCUUGGAGAAAAGAAGUCUGAGCUUCAGAGACUUAAGGGAGUUUAUCAGGAUGUUGUAUCAUAUGAACCAAUGAUAGAAUCAGUGAGGGCAAAGGCAGAGGAUUUGGCCACGAAAAGCCCGAUUAGCAAGGCCACAUCAGACACAUCACAGAUUCUGACAAAAUACCAGACCAUCAAAGACCAGGCCAUGGAUAUGCUCUCAAAAUUGGAGCGCUGUGUUGCUCAACAUCAGGCUUACCAUGACUCUUGUAACAGUUUUGUUCAUUGGUUGAGAGCAGCACGUGAAAAACUGGCAACCUGCUCAGACACAUUUGGAGAAAAGUCAACUAUCAUGACGAAGAUUGAAAGAGCUAAGACCCUUGCAGCAGACAUGGGAGAAGGUACCCAGAGACUGAACGAUGCUACAAAGGCAGGGGAGAAUACUCUGUCUACCACUUCUCCAUCUGGGCAGACAAAAAUACGCAUGGAGUUAGGAGUGAUGAAGAGGGAUUACGAGGAGUAUCGCUCAAUGCUUACAGAGGCUCAAGAUGAUCUGGAAAGAUGUCUUAGUCGCUGGAAUGAGUUUGAAGACAGUUACAAUCAAUUCAACAGCUGGCUGAAAAAGACAGAAACUUUCCUUAGGUCUGACCUGGAUCUGAAGAAUAACUUGGAGGAGAAGAAAAAGCACUGGGAACAAUACCAAAAUUAUAUGGAGGAGGUCCUUUCACAUCAAAGCUCAUUGGAUCGAGUUAAUGAAAGAGCCCAAGCUCUCCUUCAAACCAAUGCUGAUGCUAAAACAUCUCAUGCAAUUACUCAACUGACAACCAGAUACCACAGUGUUAUCAACAUGUCGAAGGACAUUGUGAAAAAUCUGGAGAUAUUUUAUGAAAAUCACCUGAACUACAACCAGAACUACAUGGACUUCCAAACAUGGCUAGCAGAGACACAGCAGACAUUAAGAAAUGUUCAUGACUUAUCAGGAACAAAAGAUGAUGUUGGAGGAAAACUCAGCAAAAUCAUGGAUUUACAGGCAGCAUUAGACCAAGGGCAUGGGUAUCUUCGAAGUCUGCUAGAGAGUUCAGAGAGAACUUUACCUAACACCAGCCAGAGGGGAUUUCAAAUGAUUCGUCAAGAAACAGAAACGGCAAAGUCUGAGUACGAAAAUCUACUCACUGAUGUGUCACAGGGCAAACGCAAUCUAGAAUCAGCCCUGUCUCAGUGGGGAGACUUUGAUCGCUUUUAUGAACAAUUUUUGCUGUGGAUGACAGAAGUGGAAGCCAAACUUAAAGUUGAUCCUGAGCUGAGAGUGGACCUUCCAGAAAAAAGAUCCAGCCUAGAAAAGUAUAAAGCCAUACAAGGUGAUAUUGCUUCCCAUCAAGACAGUUUGGACAAGUUAGAAGAAAAGGCAGAUCAGUUAAAAGACACAAGACCUCGCAGUCUGGUAGCAGAUCUGAAAUCUCGAUUCGCAAGACUUGGUGGUUUAGCCAGAGAAAUGGUUGGACGCUUUGAUGAGCAAGUUCAAGGACACGAAGAAUACAGACGAGCUUACAUUGCUUGCCUGGACUGGCUAGCUAAUAAUCGACAUAGACUGCAAAGACUUAGUGAUUACUCAGGAGACAAGAAGAUCUUACAAGAUAGACUUCAACAACUCAAGGACUUUAAAGGAGAAAUGAGACAAGGCCAGGAUAUGGUGAACAAUGCUACCCAGCAAGGGGAGCGUGUCAUGUCUACUACAGCGCCUCGUGGGCAGGAAGCCAUCUUGAAGGAAAUACAAAACCUGAAAGAAGACUGGAACACAUUUGCCUCCUCUGUUAAUGAGAUGGAAGCUAACCUGGAUUCUUGCAUUGGAAACUGGGAAGAUUUGGAUGAAGAGUACCAUAGAUUUGUACAGUGGAUAGACAAAAUGGAUGCACGCUUAAAAGGAUUGAUGGAAAACAAGCCUGAUGAACAGCGGAAACAGCAGCAACUACUUGAGGGUGAAAAUAUCUUUGAUGAAAUUUUGAAGAAGAAGAUGAAACUUGAGAAUGUGAAAGAACGUAGCGAUGCAGUGUGUCAGCGGAGCACCGAUCCUAGAGUCACUAACAAUAUGAUGCAACUUUCAGCCAAGUACCAAGGAUUAGUAUCUCAAGCAAAGAACCUGAUUCAUAAGUUGUCUGAGAAUGCGAGGGAUCAUAAGAUGUAUAAUGAUGCAUUUGAUGCUGCGGCCCAUUGGUUAGCUGACAUGGAUGAAAGAGUUACUGAAUGCAACGACACAUGUGGAGAUUGGCAUAUUAUACAGGAACGUAUUGAAAACAUCAAAGAUAUUACUGCCAGCAUGGAUGAGGGUUUACAGAAGGUCAACCUUGUGUGUGACUUGGCAGAAAAAAUCUUGCCAAAUACAUCUUCUGAGGGUAAACGUUUGAUCGAGCAGCAAGUGACAGAACUGACCAAUGAAUGGGAGAAACUAAAUAUGGCUAUCUCUGAAUGUAGUUCUAUGUUGGAGGGAGUUCAGGACCGGUGGAACGAUUAUGAGGAAUACUAUGGUAGUCUUGUGAAAUGGCUUGCAGACAUGGAAAAUACAUUGUAUGUUGAACCGGACCCUAAAGCUCAGCUGGUGGAAAAGAAAACCCAGUUAGACAAGUACAGACUAAUUCUCAGUGACGUGGAGAAUCAUCACCGUCUUGUUAAUGAACUUGCCGAGAGAGUGGCUAACCUCGAGGCUCUGAGUGAAAAUCCUGAAGUGUCCAACUCCCUGGCAGAUGUCCAACAACGAUAUGACAAGGUUCUUUAUAGAGCCAGGGAGGUUGUGGCUGACCUUGAAAGAUCAUACCAUGAACAUUUGGACUUCCAUGAAUCUCAACAGGAGAGUGAGAAGUGGCUUCUUCAAACUUCCUUCAAACUAAUGUCUCACAAUUCAAUGAAUGUUAGCUCCAUGGAACUGACUCAAAGACAGAUAGACAAACACAGGGCUCUUAUAAAAGAAAUAGAAGAUUAUCGUAGAACCCUGGAUAAUGUGAAUAAAAGAGGGCAUCAUUUGGUGGAUGAAAACAUUAGAGUCCCUAAACUUGCUCAGCAAAUUCAAUCCCAGCUGCAAAAUUUGGAGGAGAGCUACCUCAAUUUACAGUCAACAGCAGAACAGAUUCGGGUGAGACUUGAUGAUGUUCUACAAAAAUGGUGUCAAUACAAAGGACUGCUAGAGAGAGAUAAACAGUUUUUGAAUGAAGAGUUUCCACAGUGGGUUAAAGACACAGACAAAAGUAUUCCAGACAACCUACACGAUGCUCAGGAGAAACUAGAAACUGUCAGGGGAGUAUGGGAAAGACUGACAUCUAUGAAGCAGGAACAUAUCAUGGCAGCCCAUCAGUGUGAGGGUCUGAGUGGAAGUGUGGACAGUCAGGAUGUGGCAGACCAACCAGCGGAGAACGCGGUGGCUCAGCUAGCUGAAGCUGUUGGAGAGCUGGUCCAGGAUGCUAUUGGAGAGACUGAAAGACGAAUGAAUGAUAUAAGAGACACAAUUCAUCAAUGGGAGAGCAUUGACCGCACCAGGAAUGAUUUGAGAAACUGGCUUCAUAGUAAGCAGGAAGAACUACAUGACUUAGAAAACAGGUCUACCAAACUUCAUACUGAGGCAGCAGAGAUUGAAAUUGCAAACCUUCAGGCUCUUCGGGAGGAAGUUACAGCAAAAGGACCAGAGAUAGAAAAAUUUGUCAACAAUUAUCGUGACUUAACACAACACAAACCAUCCCUGGUGGAUCCUGUUGUGCGUGCAGUGAGAGAUGACUGGGAUGAGCUGUUGGGCCAGAUUGAGAACUUGCUUGAAGAGAGAGAGCAGGCCCUGCAGACUAGCAGAGAAUUACAGGAUGCCCAGAAUACUAUGGACAAUGAUCUUGAAGAUUUUGUCAAAGAACUGGAGAAAAUUGAAGCUGCUGAAACAAGCAUGACAGAAAAAGUCAACCAACUAAAGAGACGAAAGUGUCGAUCAACACAGACACCAAGAGGUUCCACAAGACGAGGUACAUUCUUUGGGUCAGAUGAUGAUGGUGAUGAUGAUGAUGAUGAUGACAAUGACGAUGUCUUUCGAUGGCCACUAACACCUAAACAGAGUUUAUCACGAUCCCAAAGUAAAUCUUCUCUAAAACGGCAAUUGCCCACUCCCAGAUCUCGCAGAGGAAAGAGGCCUCAUGAACAGUCACAUGACAGUUUAAAAAAGGGAUCAGCUGCAGCUUUAGACUCUGAGAGCGAAGAAUCUGGAUAUGGUGAAACGUAUUAUACAAUGCAUGCUUCUAGCUUUGACAAUGAUGCAUUUGAUUCAGUGAUCGAAACCACAAUGCCAGGGACACCUAUAGGACUUGAACAGAACAAUUACUCAGAUAAUGAUUCCACUACUAGUUACAUUACCGGUGAAUUUCCACCAGCUAAUCCAGAAGAUUUAAGAGAUGCAACAUCACAAACCCUCGGUCAUGCCCGUACUCAGACUACACCUGGUAUGUGGGGUGGGAGUCUGAGAGACAUUAGUACUCAAAUGCCGAGAGCCAUGGAAACCCAAACGGAGGGAUUCCCUAGAUACAUGACUCGAUCCACACAGUCAUUGCAAUCAAUUGGAGCACAGACUCGAAGAUCACAUGGCUCAAGAACAGAUUUACUCAAGAGUAUUUUAAUGGAAGUAAAAACAAUAAAGGACCAACGAGGUCUGAACAGUCCCAGUGUUAACUCUCAGUCUCAAUAUGGCUCUGAUACCUCUCUGAAAAAGAGUAUGCUUAUGGAUAUUCUCACAGAUGUCCGCACUGUGAAGGAACAUGGAGCUCAUGGUGAGACUGCCACACAGACUCAAGGUGAACAAAGCACUCAGACAGGAAUGAGACUUUUUCCUGAAAAUGAUCCAGUGAGAAAUGCCAGGCAUGGAAGACUGAGAGAUUUGAUGGAUGAUGUCAAAGAUCUAAAAACUGGAAACACAGAUAGUAAUACUGCCUCUCCUAUUGGAGAUUAUCAAUCUCAACCAACCUCAGCUAUGGGAGAGCCAAUGGAACGAAGGCCACUAUCACAAACAACUGCUCCUAAUCGAAAUUCCCCCAUUCGAUUUGGUGCAUCACGACCCCAUUCAGAUCAAAAUGGUGACAUUCAAAAUGGAUUCAUGACAGACAACAUGCACAUGCCAACAAUGAACAUACCUGUACCACCUGCAUACGGAAAUUUAUCAUACCCAGGUCAACACAUAACAAUGAAUGAUAUUAAUAACAUCAAUGAUCGCAUCCAGCGAUUAAAUAAUUUCCAGCUACCACCUCGUCGGACAUUGCCUCAACCACCACCUCCUCCUCCUCCACCACAAUUUAUUGUGCCAGUAUAUGCUUCUCCUUCACAAAGAAGAGUCACCUUCAGGGAAAUCCCCCGUUCCUAUGAAGAUGAAAAUGAUGGUUUUCUAUCUGACGAGAGUGAAUAUGAUGUUGGUAUUGCACCUAGACGUGGCAGGCGGCGGCAUGCUCAACCUCUUGAUAGGUACGGAAUUGAGGAUGCCAUAACUGAGGCAUGUAGCGCAGCGAAGCAGUUGAGAAAGAUGUCCCAAAAAAUGAAAGAUUCAGUCAGAGAGGACCUCUUUAGAAGAUGAAAACUUAAACUUUGUGAUUGUGAUUCUUGAGUGUGUGUGGGUGUAUGUAUAUAUACAUGUAUACUUUGUAUAUUAUAUAUAAUUUUGCUGCAGACUGACAGUUGUGAAAUUAUUUAUUUGUGCAGCAAAACAUUUUAGGACGAAGUCUCAAAAAAAUGAAACAUUCUCUUAAAGAUGAAGCUUUGUGAUAAAUUUUUACUGCCAGUGCAUUUAUUUAUGAUUGUUGCCACAGAAUGUUGCAAAUGUUUUGUUUUUGUAUCAUUGUAUCUCUAUUUUUGUUUUUUUUGAAAAUUGAUUUUGAUUUUCAGAACUCAAAUCAAAGUUUGAGCUGCUAUAAACUUUUCUUCACCAGGUUUUGCACAUUACAUGCUAGCCUAGUUGCACUAAUUGUUUUGUCCCUGUGACAAACAUCCGUGACAAUGAGGGUGCUGGUGAUGAAUAGUGAAUUCUUUAGAUAUUUCUCACUUAUUAUUGAAAGUUUUUAUACAUUUUGAUUUCUAGUUGAUGAAGUGUGACCACAUGCAUUUUAUUCAAGUAGUUCUGUGAUAUGCAUUAUCAUAAUUGUGAUAUUCUUUCUGCGAUUUUAUUUUUUUUUUUGUGUCAAUGCCAUUAUUGAUCUGUGAUGUGUUUAAAGAUCUGUAUUAUUUAUGAUAUCGUACGCAAAAAUUAGAAUAUCUGUGAUAACUUUACAUAAUUAUAUAUGCUAUUAAUAUUAGUAUGUUUAUGUACUUUUUUCAAAUACAAAAGAGUGAAAAUGUAGGAUAUUUGUUAUUGUCAAUAUGGAAAAUUUAAUCAGUUCCAGCGUGGUAAAUAGUUUGCGUUCUUAAGACGAUGGCAUCCAUUGUUUACAAUAUACACUCAUGUGUAACUAUGGUAACAAACCAAACAGGAUAGAGGUAACCAUGAUCUUGUUUUGGGUCUCCACAUGUAUAACAGGAAUACCAGUGCUAACAAAUUGACAGCAAUGUAUUGACAUUGAAAGCAAGUGCUACACCAUGAAACACUCUCUUUGAUCUGUGGGUUUUUUUUUUAUUUAUUUAAAUCUAACUUCCAACCUCCACCCAACCCUCUAAAUGGAUCGUAUGACCUUUCCUUAAAUACUUGCUCACCUUUAAUAAAAAAAUUUUAACUUGCAUGUUAAAAUGCAUGUUUUAAAAAAAGAUUCUAUGUGAAAUCAAUUUCAUUCUUUAGGUGCAACAGUUUUUUCCUGCAAACAUUGACAGGGCAUAAUCUAGUAUUUCAAAAUUGUUCACAAUCCUCUCGUUGCUGUGGGAAAUGCUUAAUAUAUAUAUACAUAUAAGCUAGGCUGAACAACUAUGUAUAAAAUGAUGUUUUGAAUAUCACAAGAUCUAAAUACUUAAGCUCCAAGAAUUUGAAAAUGGAUUUAGAAUUCUGUACAUGUCAUGUUUUAUCACAUAUACACUUUACUUAAUCAUGCAUGAUGAUACUAAUUCUGCAUUGUGCGAUACAGAUGAUGUCACAAUUUAGCCAAUAUCAACGACCAGUCCAAAAACCCAUACUGUGGAAUCAUUUUAAUUCGUGGGGGUAAAUGUUCGUGGGUAAGCAAAAUUUUGCUGGUUCGUGGGGAUGUAAUUUCGUGGGUAAGUGAUACAAUGUCACUAGGAGAGAUAUAACUCUACUUGGUUUAAAAAAUGUUCAAGGACACGCAAAUUAUUGUGUAAGAGUGACCCACGAAAUCCACAAACAUCAAUCCCCCACGAACAAUGAUGAUUCCCCAGCAUCACAUAUCAGACGGCCUGCAAAAAUGCAUUUCAAUCUGGAAAUUACGUGUUUGCUUAUCAAGGGCAUUGCUUACAACAAUGAUAAUAUGCUGUUGACAGGCUCUGUACAGACAGUACAAGAAAAUAGUGCAGCUGUAAGUCCACAUUAUGCACACACAUGCAUACACAUACACAAACUGUAAAUUAGUAAAUUACUGAUUAAACCUUUUUCAUUCAUUAGUGUAUGUGAAAAUACAUAUAUGAUUUAAUCAUGUAUGUAUAAGCACACAAAAUUUUUAAAUUGAAUAUUUGUUUGAUGUAAUCUACAUAUAAACACAUGGAAACGUGUAACAAAACAUUUUGACAACAUGUAAAUUUUAGGACAGGCAACAGAAAUACCGGUGUUUUAAAAAGUAUCAUGCUGUGUCCUUCUAUCUCAUUGAUAAAUCACAUCAAAAUGAUUUAGAGUAAAUGUGUCAUAUUAUGCAUAAGUGCUCCUCUCAAUCCUCAAUGUGGCCUUCAACCUACAAGUUUCAAUUCUUAAGCUACAAAACAUUUUUUAUAGUUAAUUUCGGAGAAGUAACAUGAUUUUAUUACCUGGUAUUGGUUUUUUAUUUAAAAUGUCAUUUACUUAGUUUCCGAUAUCAAGUGAUGACUUGACAACGAUGCUGAGUGGAUGAAAUAUUUGUGCGACAAUAAAAAAGUUGGUCCGGGUGUUCAUCUGCACUAAGUACUCGGGACUACUUUUCUCUGGAAUGCAUCUUCCCCAUUUUCAUUUUAGUGCUAUGAGUUACCGCUUGUCCUCUUCCUUCAUAUCUAAUUAAUCUUUUAACUAUUGCACCUUUAAGUUCAGGCGUCCAAUUAAUUUAAUUCUGCUCAGUAACUCUACCUGACCUCGACACACAGCCAGUUUGAAUUUUGUGUUGUUGUUUUCAUUGUUACGUACAUAUAUUCCUACGUGCCAUUUCAAAAACGUUAAUUAAAACUUUUUGAUGAAGAUAUUUGUUUCACUAUUUAAAAACACAAUUAAAUGAUAGGAAAUUAAUCUUUUAAUUCUUUUCUUGAUGGCGUUGUCAUAGAACUGUGGACCUUAAGAUUCAGACAUGAAUGGGACAGAAAACUUAUUUCAUCAAUGCGCUACAUGCUUUGUUGAAGUUUUCUGUCCAACUUUCCCUAUGAUACCGCCAUCAGAAAAAGAAUUACAAGAUUCAUUUCUUAAAUGGUUUAAAAUUUUCUACCUAUAACAUAUUGUUUUGAAAACUAAAUCAUCUGUACCAGUAAUAACAAUCUGAAUCUUGUUCACAGUCGUUCUGUAUAAGUUCAUAGAAAAGGAUAUUGUAGAUCGACUGCAUUUCCUUCUUUUAUCAAAAUUUCUAAAUCUGAAGGUCAUUUAUGUCAUCACAUCUUACUUUCACCAGUGGUAUACCAAAUAAGAGAAACUGCAUACUCACUCUAUCAAGAUAAACAUCCCUCUUAAAAUGAACCAUGUACAUUAGGUCUAUCAGGACCAAAUCAGGACCUUGCAAUAUGUAGUUCUUCAGGAAUUUGCCAGAAAUUUGUUUUUCUUAAUUGUGUUUUGAACUGAUUAAGGUCUUUGCAAUGUGAUUGAUCAAGGUCAUUUAUCAAAGUAAAGGUCAAAUUUUCUACAAAUGAAUAUGGCCAUGCUUUAGAGCAUUGUAAUUUACAAAUACAUAGAGGAAACAAGAACACACAUGUAACUCCUUGCAGAUUACAAUCUAGAAUCAGUCAUGGUAGGGUGCUUGCUUCACAACCAUGAGGUUUGAUUAUUGGUCCCUGUAGUGGUGUCAAACCUAAGACAUUUGACAUAAAUAGUAACUAUUUCUUUGCUAAGCAUCUUGCAUUAGAAGCUGAAGAGUUGUGGGUCUUUCAGAUAUGACCUUGAAAAUGGAGGUACCAUCCGACAGUGGGUGUUGGCUCAAUAAAUGGCCUUCACUGCUAUGGCCUUGAGUGCAUAGUUUGUAACACUUCAUCAGCAGCUGGUGACAUCACUGUAUGAGUGGAAAAUUCUUUAAUGGGAUGUAAUAUGAUGCACAGAUGAAAGAAUCUGAUUAUGAUUUUACAGUGCAGUUAAAGUGCUUAUAUAUUGGUUUAAUUUUGAUUUCUUUAAACAUUUUCAUGAAAAUUGCAAAUUGUCAAACAUAGUCACUUUAAAAAUACCGUUAAAAAAAGUUUCCAAAUAUCAGCUCUGUGACAGAGAAAUAUUUAGUAUAAUGCUUUGAAUGCUUUGAUUAUUGGAGACAAAGCGUAAUGCAUAUCAUAGACUAGUAAUGAAUGAAGAAGACAAAGUUUAUUUUGGCCAUCAAUACAGUCUAGCCAGUAAUGCACAUUGAUAUGACCUUUAUAAGAAUAAUUUUGAAGUUAAACUAUUCAAUAAAGGAUUUAACUGUAUUCAUGAUAACAGUUGAAACAGGGCAAGAUUUAAAUGUUUAAGGAAGGAAGACAAAGAUUUCAUUUCCAAUACAGUUUCACAUAAUUUGUUGCUAAUAUGUACAUGGCAUCCAAAAUAACACAAUUCCAAAUUUACGACCUAGAAAAGUGAAGAGAUCCAUUCAUUGGUGCUGAAAAUGAACUUUCAAAUAUUUGUGACUAUUUGUCUCAUAUCAAAUAUUAUAGUGAAAUAGGUUUGUGUUGAAUUCCUUGGAAAUGAAUUGGUACUCUUAAGUUCAGUAAAGGGAAAUAACUUUGGGCAACUCCAAAAUUACUUACAUUGCUGAGAAUGUUUGGACACAGAAAAUUGCUGUCAAAUUUUAGCAAUGAUUAGAUGAUUGAGAUAUAAAUAUCUGCAGUAGAUGAAUUAAUGGAUAAAAUGCAUAUCAGAGGGUGAACUAUGUAAACAUAAAUUAUAUAUUUUUAUAUUAGAAACAAGCUAUUUAGAGAACUAUAUUGAAAUUAUUUUAUAUGAAAUAGAAUCAUUUUUGUUUGUUAUAAAAUAUGUACAGCUGUAUCUAAUCUAGAUGUAUUUAUAAAUGUUUCUAUGAUGUAUUAUUUUUAUUGAAUAAUGAAUUUAUUAUUUUAAUGGCUGGCAAUAUGUUAGAAAUCCGUCCAUUUUAAAAAUAUUUACAAAGAAUGUUGAUCUUUUUUAUAGCACAUAGAUAAUUUAAUGUAUUCCUUUUUCACUCCUCUUGAACAUGUUCAUAUACUUUAUGGUUUUGAUUGAAAAAUGUACAUUAUAGAAAGAAAAUGUUUUAGUACAGCAAAAUGGUAGGUUUUUUUUGUUUCAAUAGUUUUGUAAUAAAGUAAAAUAAAAAUAAAAAGUACCAUUCA